AUAAGUUACCAACCUUUUACCAUGUAUACAGGUCAGUUGCAAAAGAUACCAUUGUAGUUUCCAUAGCUUUAAAGUUGUAUAUGGUUGUGGAUGGUUAAAUAUUACGUCUAAAAUGAACUUUGCUGGUGGUGGAAAAGUGCUUUUUGUUUUACUAAGUUUCUAUUUUUUGCAACAAGUAUCUGCAUAUCAUCGAAAAAAGUCACCGAAUUUCAUCGUUAUAAUGGCCGAUGAUAUUGGAUAUGGAGAUUUCCAAUCAUUUGGUCAUCCCACCCAAGAGUAUGGUGGCGUGGAUAGAAUGGUCAAGGAAGGCAUGAGAUUUACUCAGUGGACAUCAGCUGCUACAUUGUGCAGUCCUAGUAGGGCUGCUCUUCUAACAGGCAGGUAUGCCAUAAGAAGUGGCUUGCGUGGUGAUGUAGCCCCAGUGUUUCAACCUCAAUCUGUGGGUGGAUUACCACGUAAAGAAAUUACUAUCGCAGAAAGUUUAAAAGCACUUGGUUAUCGAACAGGACUGGUGGGCAAGUGGCAUCUUGGGAUCAACCGAAAUACAUCAACAGAUGGUUAUCAUUUACCACAUAAUCAUGGCUUUGACUUUGUUGGCACCAACCUUCCUUUAUCUCAUUCGGAGAUGUGUAAUCCAGCAGAGUUUACUGUGGAGGAAUUGUCCACAAUGUGUUUCCUUUACAACGGUUCUACUAUAGUGGAACAACCUGUCAAUUUAAGCACAUUAACUGACAGAAUAACAAGUGAUGCAAAGAAUUUUAUAUCAAAUAACAGAUUAAACUCCUUUUUCCUCUACUUUUCACCCCCCCAGGCACACAGAGCAUUAUUCUGUGCUGAACGUUUUUGUGGAAGGUCCAAACGGGGCCCAUAUGGCGAUACAAUUAAUGAGAUGUCUUCUGCAAUUUCUGACAUUCUGGAUCACCUGGUACAGCUAGAAAUUGAUGAUAACACUUUGGUUAUAUUUCUUAGUGAUCAUGGACCCAACAGUGAUAAAUGCCCCGAUGGUGGUGUACCUGGUUUAUUCAAAGCUGGGAAAGGCACAACCUGGGAAGGAGGUUUACGAGUCCCAGCAGUUGCAUGGUGGCCAGGUGUAAUUCCAGCAGGUACUGUAAGCAAUGCAGUAGUCAGUACUCUUGAUGUACAUCCUACACUAUUAAAAAUUGCUGCCUUACGUUCCUUGCCUUGUUUCAAGAGAUGUACUUCAUCAGCUACUCCAAGUUCAAAUCUUUAUGCUAAGGCAGAGAAUCAAAAGCCUAUUCCUAGCAAGUUGUUUGAUGGCAUUCCUAUUCCUGAUCUCAUCUGUUCUAUGAAACAUCAGAGGACAUCUUCAUGUCUCUCCACUCCAAGCAACAGGAUUCUUUUCCACUAUUGUGGGGAAGAUAUACUUGCUGUGAGAUAUGGUGAUUUAAAAUUUCACUUCAAAAGUAAUCCACCAUUACAAAGACGAAGUAACUGUGUCCGCACAGUUACUGCAGAUCUAAUAAGAACUUUUUCAUGCGGAAAACGCACUCAUGAUCCACCUUUGGUCUUCAACCUCUUGAUUGAUCCGAGCGAAGAAAUUCCAUUGAACAUCUCUCACUACAGUGAGGAGCUCUCAGAAGUUCAAAGGUUAAUUAGAAAGCACAAGAGAAGCAUUAAAGAAGUCCCUGCUCAGUAUUCACCUAAUGUUCCAGAAGUGCAACCAUGUUGUAACCCUCCCAGUUGUAUAUGUAAUUACAACACUUUAAAUGUUUAG